CGAUUGAACAUAAGCAUGAGGAAAGUCCUGUUAUUUUAACCUAAUUCAUUAAAUUUCGGUAUACGACACAUGAAAUGAGAAUAAAAAAAAUAAAAGUAUGUGCGAUAAUUAAAAUAAUAUAUCUGUAUUUUUAAUUAAAUCAAAACUAGUAAAACGAAAUUACCGUGGGUCGAAGGCGUGUAAACAAGGUUUCAGUGUCAAGGUCAGGGAAGUUUGUUUGAGUGUAAGUAGCGUGCGAGUGGAAAGUGGGAAAGUGGAACCCGUUGCGGCCAGCGGCAGGCGUGACGGAACUCGAGCUCGGGAGAGUGCAGGAUGACUUCGUGGCCGGCGGACGUGGGCAUCUGCGCUCUGGAACUCAUCGUGCCGUCGCAGUACGUGGACCAGGCCGAGCUCGAGUCCCACGAUGGCGUGCCCCCGGGAAAGUACACCAUCGGCCUGGGCCAGUCCAAGAUGGGCUUCUGCACCGACAGAGAGGACAUCAACUCCCUGUGCAUGACGGUGGUAAGCAAGCUUAUGGAACGACACAAAGUAGACUUCUGCAACAUCGGCAGGCUGGAAGUAGGCACCGAGACGAUCGUCGACAAAUCCAAGAGUGUGAAGAGUGUGUUGAUGCAGCUGUUCACCGACAGUGGUAACUACGAUGUCGAAGGGGUAGAUACCACUAACGCCUGCUACGGUGGUACGUCUGCUCUGUUCAAUGCUGUUUCCUGGGUGGAGUCCAGCGCUUGGGAUGGCCGCUACGCUCUGGUGGUGGCCGGAGACAUAGCCGUGUAUGCCAAGGGGAAUGCCAGGCCCACGGGUGGGGCCGGAGCGAUAGCCAUGUUGAUCGGGCCCAACGCCCCGCUCGUGUUCGACAGGGGUGUCCGAGCCACCUACAUGGCUCACGCUUACGAUUUUUACAAACCGGAUCUUUCAUCCGAAUAUCCGACCGUUGAUGGCAAACUAUCGAUACAAUGCUACUUGAAUGCACUAGAUAACUGUUACCAACUGUACUGCAAGAAAGCCUCCAAAGUCUUCCAAAAUAAUUCUACGAAAUACAAGGUGGAGCUGCGACAUUUUGACGCAGUCUUGUUCCACUCACCUUACUGCAAGCUGGUUCAGAAAUCAUUGGCUAGGUUGGUUUUGAAUGAUUACGUGAAUGUUUCGGAGGGAGAAGUGGCUUCCAGGUUCCCCGGUCUGGAGCAGUUCAAAGACGUGAAGCUGGAGGAGACGUACUUCGACCGCGAUGUGGAGAAAGCCUUCAUGACGUUCAGCAAGGAUGACUUUGAGAAGAAGACGAAGGCCUCGCUGCUGAUCGCCAGCCAGGUGGGCAACAUGUACACGCCGUCUCUGUACGGGGGGCUGGUGUCGCUGCUGGCGAGCUGGCCGCUCGCGGACCUGAGCGGCAAGCGCGUGGGCUUGUUCUCGUACGGCUCGGGACUGGCGUCCUCCAUGUUCUCGCUGCGCGUGACGGGCGACGGCCCCGCGCUGCAGAAGCUGGUGAGCGGCGUGUCUGGCGUGACGGAGAUGUUGGGGGCGCGCAAGGCGGUGAGUCCCGCUCAGUUCUCGGAGAUGAUGGAGCUGCGCGAGAAGAACCACCACCAGGCGCCGUACACUCCUCGGUCAUCGCCGGACACGCUGUUUCCUGGGACCUGGUACCUGGACCACGUGGACGACAAGCACCGCCGCUUCUACAAGCGCACCGCCUCAUAGCAGAGGGGCGGCUUCCACGCUCAGCCAACACAGCUCAUAUUUCCCACGGCCACUUGCAAGCAUUGUUUCACCAGCUGUUCCUGUCGUGGUUCUGCUCCCACUCACGCCUGGGCCGACCACUCGCUCACCCACGAGGCGAUCAUGCUUCAACUCCCCCCGCCACCCCUCGUCGUUGCCAGACGCUCAUUCAUCGAGGCUGCCUCUUCUGUUCCAACUGGCCAGUUCUACGCAUCAGGCCCUAAGCUGGGUUUCCUGUUGCCUUCAGCUGUGAAGGCACGGCAGAUUAAUGAUAUUCAAAUCAUAUAAUUGAAAAAGGUGCCUGAUAGUAUGUGUCAUUUUGCUGGUAUAUACUGUUAAUAAUAGGUUUGUUUUACUCAGUCUCUUUUUGACCUUUUAACUCUCGGGCACCCUGCACGUUGUACUUGCCGGAAGCAGUAUUACUGGAGAGAGCGAGAUGCUCCGCUCGAGGCAGAGUCGCGAGGGCAGGUCGUCUGCUGGUUGUUUCUGCGCGAUCAUCUACUUCUGUGUGUUCGUAACGUUCAGGGUAUUGUGAUUUUUAACAAAAUAACUUACGUAUCAUGUUACAAAUGACAAUAAUGUUGCCAUAUUUAUACCUCAUAAUAUUUUGAAUAAAGUAUUUUCGUUAAAAUAUUUUUCAUUUCAUUUAUGUGGAGCAUAUUCGUAUUGACAAUCUUAUUUUAAAACAUACAUUAUAAAUUUGUUAAGGUCUCAUCAUCUGUGGCAUGAUAUUAGGUAUUGCCUGAGCAGUUUCACCCUCAGACAAAUUCACAAUUAAAUUUUUUAUUUUUCAAGAUGUCUGCUAUUGUGACAUGCAACAAAAAAACCCAAGUUGUUCUCUUUGCUUAUAUGAGAGUUCCCAACUCUUUUUGCGCUAGGUUUAUUUGCUCCUAACUCUUAAACUCCUGGGGGCAAAAGAGACUGCGAGUGAAACAAAGCCUGUAUCUCCUGCUAUUCAUCGUGAUGUACAGCACACUUCCUUGUUGGUGAUGUGAUGUGUUGCUGUGUUGCUGUGUUGCUGUGUUGCUGUGUUGCUGUGUAGCUGUGAGAGUUUAUGAACACCAUGUUGCCUUGUUGAGUCGGUGAUUGUCAUGUUUACACAACUAAGACUUGCGGGUACUCCUAGCAGUGGUACCAAGUGAACACAGCUCUCUUGCGACGGGGCUGAUGCCUGCUCCAGCAGGACACCUCGGUUCAGACUUCACGUGGUUUCUGUAGCUCCGAGCCGCUUAGGUACAGUAUUCUCUGGCACUGGACAUGCCCCGACAGACUUGCAUUCAGGUAGUUCUGGGGAAUAUGGGUUUUGUUAAUGAACACAACAUGUCCGAGACUGUCAGGUAGAUUUCAAAGAAAGACUAUCUAUUGUAGCCAUUACCAUAGUGGGAAUUCCGGAAAAUAUUUACUUUGUUUUUUGAUUUGUGGAACAUAGACCCCUAAACCAUCGUCAUCCCGAAUGUGUGUUUGUGUAUGUAUGGGUAUAUGUGUGUGUAUACACACACUUGCAUAUACAUAUGCAUGUGCGUAGCUUCUUAUUUACACUAUAACUGCUACAAUUUUGCACAAAUCACGUACUGGAAAAGAUUUUUCGAAAAAGAAAAAAAAUUUAUACAAUUCCCUUACUUAAUAUGAAAAAUAUUGCAUCUGUAUGAAGUUAUAUUUUCUUAGAAUAAUAUCAAAAUUGGUUGUAAAAAUAAUUUUUUGAUACAACCAACCGUAACUGCGAGGUGUGGAAAAAGCAGGGAUUGAUGAACAAGAAAAGUUGCAUUACUUACAUACCAUAUACACUCUCAAAUUUGUUUGUAUAUUAUUUUAAACCUUCUAAAUUUUAUCUAAAACUUUUGUCAAAAAUAAAUUUUGAUACAACCAACUAUUAUUACGAGGUAUAUAGCUAAGGGUUAUAGGGCAACAAAAAUAUAACUUCUUUAGUAAUUAAACUAUCAAAUUCAUUGCAAAUGAUUGUUAACAUCCAAACAUUAUUUAUAACUUGUGACAAAAAAAUUUUUUUUAUAAUGCAAACUAUAACUGUAUAGUUUUAAAGAAACAGGUGUUGAAAUUAAAAAAAGAAAAUCAUAACUUUCUUACUAUUUACAGUAUAAAAUUCGUAAUAAUUAUUGUUAACCUUCUAAAUAUUAUCUUACCUUGGCCCAAAACUAAUUUUUUUUUGACCAUUUGUUAGUGCAAGGGAUACUAUUGUGUUUGAAGGUUAAAGAAAAAGCAGUGUAGUAGGAUAUAGAAUGAAAUUUGUUCAAAGUUAUUCUGAGCUGGAUGCAUUGAAUUAAAUACAUGUGUAACAUUUUUGCUACAUGGAGCAUGAGAUCAUUUGGAAUGUUGUGUACAUGAGUUUUCUAAAUGUUCCAGAACAAAUAGGUACUUUGAAUUGUAACUGUGCCAAAAAGUUUUUUUUUUUAAAACAGUAAAACUCACGUGUAUUUUUUCUUGCUUAUUACAUUGUUCUGAAUUAACUUCUCUUGGCACAAUUCCCAACGAACCUUGCCUGGUGUCAUAUUCAGUGAGGUCGCCGAGGUGGAUUAGGGGCUUUACUGUUGUUGUUGAGCAACAUGUCGUGCUUUCAAGUGUAACAUUUGCAUGCACCGUAACUGUGGUGCAGUUUUGGAUUCGAAUCUAACUUCUCCUCAGUCAUUUGCACUGCAGCAUUCUGUUUGAUUGGUGGUGUCUGUCCAGAGAGAACGAGAGAGAGAGAGAGAGAGAGAGAGAGAGAGAAAGAGAAAGAGAAAGAGAAAGCUCUUGAAUGAAAUGCAGUCAACAAAGCUUGAUCCUGUUGCAUGUGAGUUCUGCCUGGGAUGUUAAUAUUACAAAUAGUUUAUAAUAUGUUAUCAUGGCGAGUCGGCAUUUGUCAGUAUUACAUUAUUUUAGUCUAGUGAGUGAUCAGGUUGUGCAGUUGCAAGUACACCAGACGUGCUGGAGACAAGUGCAGUUGAGACUGUCUUGCUGGCGGGGAGACUCGGGUUUGGAUCCAGGCUGAACUACACAGCCUGCGCCUACAUUCUGCACAGGCAUUUCAUUAUGUACACAGACAACUGUAAGGCAAAACAAGGUAUGAAAUAUUUGAAACUUUAAGACAUACUCUUGCAUUUGUGAUGAUCAUUAUCGUAUUCUGUUCAGUCCCAAUAGGUGGUAUGUAUUUAAAUUAAAAUUAUAUGAUGUCUUAAUUUUUCUCAUGGCUUGUAUUGUGAGAUAAUUUUCCAAGAAAGUUUCCUUUCGGCACUUGUAGAUUGUCAGAGGUGCUGUGUUCUUGGCUGUCCGAUGUAACAUGUGAUGACAGUUACUAAUUUAUGCAGUCACUUUCAGCUCCGGGUUUCAGCUGUCAGCAUUGAGGUCAUUGCGUUGUUAAUUUAGCCCGCACAUUCAUCUAGCUGUCACGUGGCUGAUAGUUGCUUUGUCUUGCAACAUACCACAUUUCACUCAGAAGCAGCUGCUGGUAUGCUACAUCCCUGAAUGAUUCCAAGCUUGUGCACAUGCAAGGAGAAAACACCGUGUAUUUCCCAACACAAACGUGUUUGAACCUUGAGGGAUGAAGUCAACUGGUAGAGCAGACUCCAGCACUCUGCUCGGUGCUCGCGAGGUCUCUGCUGCUCCGAGCGCGCAGACAUCCCGUGUUCACUCGACGCUAGCAGCGGUUCAUCCAGAGUGUUGUCGACCAGCAUAGGCUUUGUCAUGUUUGGAGAAUUAAAUAUUUCAUUCCUUUACCUAAGGCUAAUUCUAAUUGUCUUUUUAAUACUGUACAUGGUAUGCCUCCAGUAAUGACUGAAGUACAAUUACGUGUUUUAUUUCUAUUUGUUGGUUGGUCUUUCUCGAAUGAGCGGUUAAACGAUAGUCAUUGCUGCUGGAACGUGUAGCUCCGAGACACCGCAGUUUGCACCUGCUGCUGUGAGGUGGCUGAACCGUCAGUGUGUCGCAAGUUCCCCUCGCGAUGCGGUGUUGUGUGCAGAAUGAGUCAGGUCACUGGUCGCUUGUAAGAGGAAAUAUUUAUGUGUUAGGCCUGUGGCAGUGCAAACAUUGUGUAAUCGAGUCUUUUCAUUUUAAUAUUAAAUUUUAUGUAACAUGUUAAUUAGGUAUAUUUAAUUCAGUAGGGUUAUUAAUUAAUUCUAAUACUUUGUUUUGUAAAACUUGGAUUUGUAUUACGUGUUGUAUGUUGGCAGCAACUCUUGACACAAAGAGCAGCUGUUGGUGUAUCUCCCCAUUUGCAAGUCUUAUGUAAUUGACGUGCAGAUAAAGAAACAUGUUCCUUCAAGAACGUUGUUAAGUCUACGGACAUUCUUGCUAUCUGACAGUUCACUGACGUGCGCUCAGAGAUAUGGCUGCUUCGAGCGCGGUAAAUUAAGUAACUCCUUCCUCUGUUGUCACUGUGCAUAUCAGUUUUCUGUCUUGGCCAGAAAGCCUAAUUUUCGGAUUAUUUUAAAACUGUAUUUUUUUGCAUCAUUACAUUUUAAAUUCUUGAAUGUUUUCAUUGAAAUUAUAAUUCUAAAAUUUUUUUAUUAUUAUACUAAAAGGAAAUCAUUUUUAAUAAUUGUAGGUUUAGUGAUAACUAAAGACAACGAUAAUAACUAUAUGUAUAUUUUUACUGACUUGUUACUUUUUUAAUUGUGUUAAUAAAGCAUGCAAUAUCCUGUUUUUAGAUAUUUAUUUGUGAAAUUGCAAUUUUAAUUAUUUUACAUUUUUUAAAAUUUAUUUAUAAAUACUAUUUAAUUACACAUAUUAACAAAUAUCAAUAUGUACACCUGGCUUUGUGGUUGUACAUGUGAUUGUUACCAUUUUAUUUUGUACAAACAAAUCUAUGUAUUUUUUUUUAGAGUGCAGUAGCUGUGACUGUAAUGCAUGUUGGUAGUUAUAGUUCCAUCAUUCCUGGCUUCAGAUGUAGCCGUGGCGCGGAGCAGCGUCCUACAAGUUGUAGGAGGCCACAGUGCUCUUCUAUAAAACUCUGUGAUAUUGAGCUGUAAGGGCAGUGUUCCAAGACACAAGUAUAAGGGUUAAUGCGUGAAUAUGCCACACCUGUUCCUUGACUGUAUUCCCAGUGCACGAUAGGACAUGGCCAGUCCCAACAGAUUUUGUUGUCCUAUCCGUUGUCGUUCUGUUGCCCAAAUUCGACGCAUGUGCAGGCUCACUUGUUCAACGCAUCUGGCACCACUCACUUGUAUAUAAACAUUUUUAGGAUCAUUGGAGGACAUGUGUGUCGGUGUGCCGAAUGAAACUUUAUGAUAGCGAAACUAUCCUGGAAUACAUUUUGUACACUUUAAUGGUCGUAACAACAAAUAAUCGCAACUUUCAAAGUACUUAAGUGAAUUAAAAUUACACAAUUUAAUUAGCAUGAAGUAUCUGCUUUCUGUCGGAUUUAUGGCGUAACAGAAGUAUCGAUGGUUGCCAAACUUCCGCUAGAAUGCACUGAAAUCAGUUUCUAGCCACGUGCAGGGCACAGUUGCUUUUUCGUUACCUAACAGGGAUUCGAUGUGAACACGUUCUGUAAUACAGCCUGUGAGGAUACAGUUGUAUCCCGACAAGGCUACCGCACCCGAAUGUCUUGGAAUGCUGCUCAAGUCACAUUUUGUACUAUUCAACAGAAGUUUUGCAUUCACUCCAUUGAAUGUUUGGCAGCACAUUUUAAAAAUUUAUAAUAAUUAAAACAAAAACUUUUUCAACAGCAAAGGUUCAAACGAAAGGAAAAUGCGUGAGGUGAUGCUGCGUGCACCGCUGCCUAGAACUGCUGUCACGUUCACGAUGGUCCAGAGUGAUGCGAGAUGCCGUUAAGUGACCGAGUGUUGCUCACUACUUGUUCCAUGCAGAUGAUCUACUGUAUUUUAUAACUGAAGUAUUAAAGAUAAUAAUCAUUUCACAA